CCAUGAGCAGAUUAACGCUAGCUUGAAAAUACUUUGAUUACCACCGUAAUUAAUUUAUAUUGCUUUAUCGAUCUUGGGAUUUUCAAGAAGCCUUUAAACAAGAAACAGAAAAAUUUAUCAUUGCAUAUGGAGUCUGCAAAUCUCCAUCACCAGCAUCAUCAGCUCCAAGAGAAUCUUAGUCAUCUCGGGUCUUCUUCUUCCUCUUCUUCUUUAGCUACUGCCCCAUCUUACUAUGGAGUUGGAAUCAAGCAUGCUUGGACCCAGCAGCCUACUAUUACUGCCACAACCACUAAUUUGAGCAACCCAUCAAAUUCAAGCUUCAACAGUAGUAGUUCUAUUAAUAUGGUACCAGAUUUGGGUUUUCACUGCUGGCCUCCUAGUAGUAAUAAUUUGAAUAGAGCUGGAAGCAGUAGUAGUAUUAAGGAAGAGCUCUCAUCAUCUUCAUCAGAUUCAACCUUUCCAAAAUUUACACAAAUGCUGACCAGCCCCUCUAGCACUAGUAUUAACCUUGAUGAUGAUGACCACCAUUUUUCUACUCCUACAAGCCUCGGCCUUAUAAAGAAUGAGCAGAAAGAAAUGAUGAUGAAUGAUCUCAGUGAAAAACUCUUGCUCAAGACCUUGUCUUCUUCUGGAAUUAAUCAUCAAAUUUCAUUAGCUGGAGAUCAACAUCAUCAUCAAUUCUACAGCUCAAAUAACAACCAUGUCCAGAAUUUUACUCAAUUGAUGCCUGGGAGAUCAGGAGGGCAAUACUUCAGCCAAAUUUAUCCCAGCAUAAAUAUUUCCAACUUAAACCAACAGUCAUCGCCGUCGUUAACAAUCUCAAGCUGCAGCUCCUUAAACAUGAACUUGCAGGCUAUGGAUCUUUUAGCUUCUUCGAGAUUCAGUACUCAUGAACCUUAUAAUUCACACGAUACCCUUGGCAUAUACAACAAGGAAAUUAGGCAUAACUCCUUUGGUCUUCAACAGAUGCACCAAUCAAGAGCAAAUCAUCAUAGUCUGCUAUCUUCUGGUGCCAAUAGUAAAAUAUCUCCUUUUGAGAAUGAAAUCACAGAAGUGAAGCGACCCGGGAGUUUGAUUGAGCCAAAGGCAACACAAGCAGCUGCACCUAAGAAAUCGAGGUUGGAGUCACGCACUCCCUGCCCACCCCUUAAGGUUAGGAAGGAGAAGUUAGGAGAUAGAAUUGCAACUCUUCAGCAAUUGGUUGCACCCUUCGGCAAGACCGACACAGCAUCCGUACUGAUGGAGGCAAUCGGAUACAUCAAGUUCCUUCAAAAUCAGGUCGAGACACUAAGCGUCCCAUACAUGAAGUCAUCACGCGACAACAAGUCCUCUCAAGCAAUGUUGCAAGCGGGUGUGGUAGAUAUAAAUGGCUCAAAUGGAGACCAUGAGAGAAAGCGAGAUCUGAGAAGUAGAGGGCUGUGUUUGGUGCCAUUGUCGUGCAUGUCGUAUGUCACAGACGCUGCUGCCGCCACUGCUGGUGUUACUGGAAGCGUUAACUGGCCAAGCCCUAACUAUGGUCAUGGAGGGACUUGAAAUAGGAUUAGUGUUCUGUUUUAUAUCAAACUACUUGUACGUGUUGACGAAAUCGAUCAGCUCCGUCCCUCUCAAGUUCGCUACAGUUGUUCAAUAAGGCCUCUCAAGUUUAAUGGAGCAAAUUUGGUCGUUCUAGCUCUCUAAGCAGAUCAUAACCAGGAUCGGAUGGACCAAGUUUGAUCCAUUAACAAUUCAUCCAUGCAUGUACC